AUGGGUCCACCAGCAUCGGCUGAAAUCGGCGCCACAGACCUGGAAAGCCUCUGGUUCCAACACAAGGACAUUCUCUACCGGUCAUACAUAAUUGAGAAUAAGACACUGAAACAAGUGAAAUUUACCAUGGAACACGGGCAUGAAUUUCCUGCCCUAAGGUUACAUGACUAUGAAGUUGCGCUGCGAGAACUCUUGAAAUUCAAGAAGAAUUUAAAAAGAGAAGACUGGUACACAAUUGGGAUUCACAUAUCCAAUCGGAAGAGGCAAGGGAAGGAGACCGAGGUCCUUUGGAACAAUAGCGCUGUAGCGCCCAGGAAGGUCCGGAAAGAAGUUCUGAGGAACAGAAAGCUGAGACAACCCUGCUCUCGAACGACCGGACCACCUGAACUGCCGGUGGACGUGGUGAUGAGGACACCUCCUGGCUCACCAUCAGGGAAAGAUCAGGAAACCGCCCCCGUGAAAACACAGACAGAUCUCUGUUUGGAUCCAGAUGACUUUAUAUCGUUGCCUCAUGGUAUCGGAAAUUUCUGCCACAUUGACCAAUCCACCCCGAACGUUCAGAUCACUCUUUACGAGCCGGCCGAAGUUGGUACCUCGCGAUUCCGGUACUUACGCGAGCACAUCCCUUUCAAUCGAUUCAUGAGCGAGCUGCUGAAUCUGAACUGGCGAGCCGACCUUUCUAGUUGGUUUCUGACCUGGCUCGGCGCAUCGGCAGAUUUCGCGGUGCUGAGAGCUUUCUUCUCCGUUAAGACCCCAACAGCUUGCGCGAUGUUUGAAAGCCUUUGUCACGCAGUCAGGAAACUCCGAGAUCCAAGCCCUGCACGUGUUCUAUUCGAAAUCCACGAGGCUGUGGCAAAACACCAUCUGAUGACAGUCAAGGGGUUUGACUUCCUCAGGAUUGCUGUGCGAAUCGGAUCGAAAGAGAAUGGAAUGCUCGAAAUUGCCAAGCGUGCUUUUCAGUAUUGUGUGCCAUCACGAGACAGAGUCGGCUUGCGAUAUCUAUUUUUGUCGGCGGCAGCUCAUCGAGACAUAGCAAUGAUGAAACUUCUCGUCAACGCUGUCGCGUAUCCCGCGGAGGAGGCUCAUUUUGACAACCAGCUAGGACUGAGUCCGAUAUCUGGAGUUUUGCGUCAUCUUUGUGUCUUGGACACCGAAGAGGCAGGAGAAGACAACACCAUCGCGGACUAUAUCCAGCUGACCAUCCAGGGCCGCAUCUUGCUGCCAAUUUUGUCAGCUCGAUGUUGCGACGGUGGCCGCCCCAAAGUGACAAUUUCCAAACCUGCAUCACUUACAGUUGAUGAACUGAUCAUGAUUUGCCCACCGAUGAAACGAAGACGUCUUUAUUCUAUCAUUCUACGGUGGAGCAGCGAACACAGAGCCCUUGUGAGCAAGGCCGGCAUAUUCAACGCCGCUCUGGAUGGGCCACAGUGCCUCGGGGCAUAUCUCCAGUCUUGCAAACAGAACAAUGCCUUCGAAAUCCGCGUUACUAUGCAGGAAAGUCUCUUGUUUGCAGCAAGUCUGAAUGAUAUCGAGACAGCAUCAGCCCUGCUACAGCUAGGAGUGGACCCUGACGUGGAUCUCUUGUCAAGGAACCAAGAACGAUAUGAAAAGGGCGAUUUACAUUGGAAUCCAAUGAUCGUUGCAGCGACAGCUGGAAAUCUGGAGAUAUUAGAGCUUCUCGUGAAGAAAGUCAGCCUCACUUCUUUUUUGAACAUGGUCCCUCUUUACGAAAUUAUUCAAUUGAAGAACAACUUCGAUAAGUACGGCUCCAAUGGCAGAGAACUUCGUCGGCUUGAAAACUUGCACCGACAUUUAUUGUGCAGUCAAAGAGCUCUCUCAGACGCCUGUUUCGCAGAUGACAGAGCGAAUUUCAACUCAGUGGACCUCGUGGAUAUAAGAUUCCCCGGUGUCAUCAAAAACAGCCAUCCUCAAAUACUGUACCCUUUUGUGUCAACAAAGAAGCGUCUCGAUACUCUUAUCUGGAUUCGAAACAUUGCAGCGGCUCACAGCAUUGGCGAAAGCUUUGACAAAGCUAUUAUUGAAGCGACGUUGUCCAACGACCCAGAUCUGGAGACCCGCCAGUUGCAGAGGCGCAUUUGUGCAUACCAUCCGUGUGAUGUUCUGCUAUUGGAAGGAUUGGUUGAUAAAAAUCUUGAUUACCGCGAAGGGGAUAUGGAUCUACUCCACCUGAGUAUCCGCAGCCAAUGCAGCUUGAGGGUUGUAGAGUUCCUUCUUAGCAAAGGAUUCAGUGUGCAUUCUCAGCCUGACGCACGGUCAGGGCACACGAUGCUGCAUGAUGCACUCCGCAGUCAUUCUCGUGAUCGCUCCAAGAUUGUGGAACGAUUGCUUCGGGAAGGUGCUGACUACAAACACCGAGGGCAGGGCUUGACGAUUUUGGAAGCUUCGCUGCACGAAGGCCAAUGGAUGCGCAGAUGCCUCUCUGAAUUAGAUCCAGAGCUUCGUAAAGAAGACAUUGGAUUGUUCAAGCGCCUUUUUGAUGCUGGUGCUCCGGUGACACAUCGGCCGCGGCCGCAACUCCAAAAUUGGCAACCCCUGACAAGUACACUAUUGGAAGCAGAAGCAGGAGACGACCUCAUUCUCGAAGUCAUCGACGCUGGGGUGGAUUUGAACGAACGAACCUGCGUUGAUGGCCCUGUAGGGCAAAGUGACUGGACGCCGCUUCAAGAAGCAGUCAGCCGGGGUCGUGAGACUUUGGCGAAGGAGCUUCUUCGACGGGAUGCGGACGUCCAUGCACCCGCUCGAGGGGUUUUUGGUUGCACAGCUUUGCAGAUCGCGUGUUGGGUGCCCACCUCAUUUCAAUUCAUCGAAUAUCUGGUCGCGGUACAUGGAGCCAAGGUGAAUGAGCCGCCCAGCGAAGUAAACGGGAAAACGGCACUACAAAGGGCUGCAUCGAAUGGGUGCCUGACCCUGGCAGAGUUCCUACUCGACCACGGUGCCGACGUAAACGCUUUGAGCGGAUACUUGAGGUUGCGCUUCAAGGAUCAACAAACGUUUCCACGUCGAUUUCGGGCACUUGAUUGUGCUGCCCAGAUGGGAAAACUAGACAUGGUGGAGUUUUUGUUGAAGGCUGGUGGCCGGAGCAGUCGCGGUUGCUUGGGUGGAGCCAUUCACGUGGCUGAAAGACGAGGCUACUCAGCGAUAGUUUCAGUACUUCUGGACUGGGAAAAAGAACAUGGAAUGAGGAUUCUGGAAGAAGAAGCGGAGUGGCAGAGGCAACAACCGGACGCAGCAUGCCUGCUUUCAGAUCUGUCGAGUGAUGAUGACUUCUCGGAUGAUCCUCGAGCUGCUGGAGUUUAUCUUGACUAUUUCAGGGAUGAUUUUGAUGCAGAUGACUCUGAGGGAGACUUUGAUUUUUGA